UAUAAAGGACAUUAUGAAUGGCGGGAUCGUAAUGUGUACGUCAGAUCCGCUGUAUCCGGCGAGACAUUCUGGCGACCGCGAGCCACUCAGAGUGUUUUCGUAAUUCAGAGAGAGCGGACGCCCGGUCGAUAACGGCUGCGUUUUGUUGUCUCGCGAUGAACGAAGUGCUUAUACGUGGAUUCAGUGUUUGUGUGUGAUGAUGUGUUGUUCUGGUAUCGGUUAAGAUGCGUGAGGGUGUAACGUUCGCGGUGCUGACUUUUCUGACGGCCGCGGGCGCCUGCCCUGGCCCAUUGCCCCAGGGUUGCGCCUGCACAGAUGGUGGCACUCGGCUGACCUGCCGCUCGGCUGGGCUGCAGCAUCUACCACCUAUGAAUGAUCGGUUGAUCUCUGUAGAUGUCUCCCAUAACAAUAUCAGCGUGUUACCUUCAGAUGCCCUGCUCCUAGCCACUGGACUAAGAGAUUUGAAUCUAUCAGCAAAUCGGCUUGAGAGGGUCGCUGAAGGUGCACUGAAUAGCCCAUCACUGGCAAGGCUGUGGUUGGACCGCUGUUUGCUGGUGGAGCUACCCACGGCGAGACUUCCUCGACUGCACUAUCUGUCAGCAGAAGAUAAUUUAAUAUCAGAAAUAAAGGCUGAUGUGUUCUCCGAGAUACGGUUCCUUCGUGUUCUGCGCCUGUCUCGCAAUCGACUGACUUCUGUUCCUGAUGCAUUGACAUACACCACGCGGCUCCAGGCAUUGAAUCUCGCUGGCAACUUGAUCACGGAACUCGCAGAGUCAUCGCUGCCGUCAUUGCCAGUUCUUCACACAUUAAUAUUAAAACGCAACCGAAUCUCACACAUUGGCCCCAACUCGUUCGUCCAAACACCAGCUCUACGAGUACUACGGCUUGAAGAUAACUUGCUGACGGAGUUGCCGCCUGCUAUCUACCUACUACCAAUGUUGGAAGAUUUGUCACUAGCAAACAACAGAAUAGAGCAGGUCGCUGUGGGAUUGCAGACGUGUGCGCGGUUGACCCGUUUGGAGCUUCGAGGGAAUCCCCUGUCUCGGCUUCACCCACAGGCGGUUGAACACCUGCCCAGGCUAACAACACUUAUCCUAUCAGAAGCCCGUGGUCUACCUGGUGUUCCAUCGCUGAACGAUACUACACGUCUCCGUACGCUCCGAGUGGACCGUGCAAGACUCACCAAGCUGCCAAGCCAUUUAUGCACCCAUGCACCUCAACUACGGGCAUUAGAUAUAAGAUCAAACCAGCUGGACGAAGUGCCUGAUCUUCACGAAUGUUCUGAACUUCGGGUCCUGGAUAUGUCAGAUAACAAAAUAACGACAAUUGGGAAUGGCGCGUUGCGUGGUCUGCGACGCCUUCACGACCUGAUGCUGGCCAGGAACCGCAUCAAGAAGAUACCAUCUGAUGCGUUCUUGCAAACCAGCCGGCUUCAGUUACUAGACCUGGAAGACAAUCAAAUCGAACACAUAGAUCUGGAGGCAUUCGUCCCCAUCACUAAAUUGGAAGACUUGAAUGUAGGCAACAACGUGUUCCCCAGCCUACCAGCCAGUGGUCUGCAGAAACUACUUCACUUGAAGGCCCACAAUAAUCCAAAUUUACGCCGCUUCCACCCUCCAGAACUCUUCCCCAGGAUACAAACCCUGGUCCUCUCCUACGCUUACCACUGCUGCGAGUUCCUUCCUCUUAUGGAGGAGACGGGAAGUGGCGAGGAAUGGGAGAGAGAAGGAUUUAGUGACCUGGUGCUUCUUCCUCCAGCGCACGUGGACUUAGCUGCCUGGGCGAAUGCCACUGACAUAUGGCCGCAUUAUUUAAAUGCAACAGGCGAGAGUGGUUCUCGUCUACCGGCAGCUGGAACCUGGAGCGGCGUUGAGGUUCGUUCAGCUGGAAGACAAGUUCGCUGCUUACCACUACCAGGACCAUUUCUACCUUGCGUGGACUUAUUUGACUGGUGGACACUUCGGUGUGGUGUAUGGGCUGUGUUCCUCCUCGCGUUAUUGGGAAACGGUACCGUGGUCUUCGUGUUGGUGUUUAGCAGAAGCCGUAUAGACGUGCCAAGGUUCUUGGUGACGAAUCUGGCUGCCGCUGACUUCUUUAUGGGAAUCUAUUUGGGUUUCCUAGCUGUGGUAGACGCUGGUACUUUGGGAGAAUUCCGAGCCCACGCUAUCGCCUGGCAAAUGUCUGGUGGAUGUCGGCUCGCUGGAUUUUUAGGAGUGCUCUCUUCUGAACUCUCCGUUUACACCCUCGCUGUUAUUACCCUCGAGAGAAACUACGCGAUCACCCACGCUAUGCAUUUGAACAAGCGCUUAUCACUCAGACACGCUGCUGUUGUGAUGGCGGCUGGGUGGGCUUUUUCACUGACAGCUGCUUCCUUACCACUGUUAGGCGUGUCGGACUAUAGAAAAUUCGCUGUCUGCCUCCCUUUUGAGACCAGUACACCCGUCUCCCUCAGCUACGUGGUCGCUCUAUUGGUUAUCAACGGAAUCGCAUUCCUUGUCCUGCUAGGAUGCUACCUCAAAAUGUACUGCGCGAUCCGAGGAUCGCAGGCUUGGAACUCCAAUGACUCUCGGAUCGCAAAGCGCAUGGCUCUUCUAGUUUUUACGGAUUUUUUGUGCUGGUCCCCUAUAGCUUUCUUCGCUUUGACUGCGGCUUUUGGAGCGCAAUUAGUAUCAUUGGAGGAAGCCAAGGUCUUCACUGUAUUUGUUCUGCCAUUAAAUUCUUGCUGCAAUCCGUUUCUGUAUGCGAUUCUGACGAAGCAGUUUAAGAAGGACUGCGCUCUGGUGUGUAAAGCGAUUGAAGAGUCGCGCGUUACCCGAGGUAUAGGAAGGUGUAGGCAUUCGUCUAACUUCAGUAAUAGACAGACGCCGGCUAACACGAACAGUUUGGCGGAAAGAUCGUCUAGGGGACAGCACGGGACGACGUGCGCUUGCCGAAGACUGUUGCCAACUAGUGCUCCUGUAGUCAGUGAAACUAACACAAAUACUGCUUCUGGAGAAGCGAACGGCGAGAGGCUCCUACGUUGGCUUCGAGCAUGCGGACGUCGAUCCACCGCCCCCGCGCCUCCUACUCCACGCCAAGUCCCGACAGCUCCAGCUCGUACUGGUUCAGUGUCUUCUUCAGUAGAAUUCUCUUCGUCCCGUUCAGACUCUUGGCGGACGUAUGGCCGUCCCCCUCCCCCACCACGGAGAGCCGCAUCCUGGCUCGUAGCCAGAAAAACAUCGCAGGACUCGAACCUGUCCUCUUCUCGUAAUGAUUCAUCUGGGUCAAACGCGACGGCAUCCACGGGAACUUGGAGGACAUCCAGGUCUGGCGGUAGCGCAACGACUACUGGUUCCAGACCUCGACUAACACGACAGCCAGCGAUUGUAGCAGAUGAGCCCCCAGCUUCACCUGUCGCUUUGCCACCACCACGACUUCUGCACACUAUACCAUCAGCGGCUGAAACGGAGAUUCAGCCAGAGGAGUGUGACUUAAAAUAAAAUAGCAAAACGUGUACACAAAUUAGGAUUUGUGACCAUUGUGAACAAAAUGUGACCAUAGACAAUUAGAAAAUUACUGAAAAACCAACAUGACAUAACAAACAACACGAAAUACACUUUAAAAAUAAUAAAAACUUUCUGUGGGAGCCUCCAUUUUAUAAUUGUACAUAAAUUUAGUGUUUAAUGAGUUGUUUUGUUAUAUAUAUUUAUGGACAACAAAAUAUAAUAUGUAGUUACCAAAAAUUAAGUCGACGUGCGGUUUUU